AUGGCAGCUUGGGGGUCUGCUGCCGCAGCCUCGCCCGCGCCCUCGCCCGCGCCGGUGCCCUCGCCCGCGCCCGCGCCCGCGCCCGCGCCCCCCCAGGUCCUGGCUGCAGCGCCGUCGCAGGGAGCCCGUGACCCUUGCCGCCGCGCGGAGCAGCCUCGCGCCGCGCUCAUGGAUGCCGUGGCCCUGGCGGCGGGCGCGCUGGGCCUGCUGCUGCACGUGCUCGGCGCGCUGGUGGCGCUCGGCCUGCAGCUGGCCUCGCUCCUGCUGGCCUGCCUGGCCUGCGUGUGCGGCUUGCCGCGCACGGUGCUCGCCACGCUGACGUCCGUGGUCCGGGGGCUGUCGCUGCCCCUGCUGGCCUCGCUCACGGCCUCGCUCCGCUUCCCCGGCGACGGACUGCAGACCUUGGGCGCGGGCGCCGGCCCCGGGGACCAGAAGCCGUCGGGGCCCGAGCCGCCGGACCAGGCCGCCCUCUCCGCGAGCUCCGGCGGGCACGCUUCCCUGUGCCACGUCUACAUGUAUGUCCUGGUCUUGAGCCCCGUGGUGUGCGUCGUCAGCAGCUGGCUCAGCAUCUGCCUCCGCGGCACUCAGAACCUGUCCUCCCUGGCGCUGGCCCGCUGGGGUGCGGCGGUGGGCAUGGAAGUGGUGGCCGCGUGCCUCGCCUACGUGUCCAGCAGCGCUGCGACCUUGGCCGUCCUCUUCUGGCCCUUCUCCCAAGUAGCCCUGGAGCUGCUGCUGUCGGUUGGCCGCCUCCUGAUCAUCGUGUCCUUCAGCCUCACUGGUUUCGUGCUGCUGGCCUGUAUGGUGGCGGUGACAGUGACAGUGCUGCAUCCAGACUUCAUCUUGAGGCUGGCCAGCCGCGCCCUCCAUCAGUUCCAAGCCCGAUCGUCCUAUCAGCGGCUCCGGCAGAAUGUCGCCCAGCUGUCUCACCUAGCCACGGGUCUGGAGGCCUGGCUCCAGGUCUGGAGGCGCAACCCACUGCUGGCCAGGGUGUCGAGCCGAGGAGGGGUAUCCGGAACCCCGCAGGGUGGCCGUAGGAGGGUGUUUACCAUCAGGAUCCAGAGACAACAGAACCAUCCCGCCGUCUGGUCCAUCCGGGCUGCACCGGCCCAAGGCCCACAGAAUCUCCAAGAAGAUGCGCCUGCUGCUGGACGAGACACUGUGACAGUGGUGACUGAACCAGAGGAUCAGAAGAAGUGCGUGAUCUGCCGAGACCGGACCAAGUGCGUGCUGCUCCUGCCCUGCCGUCACCUAUGCCUGUGCCAGAUCUGCUCCGAGAUCCUCAUGCGACAUUCCAGCCAUCGACGCAACUGCCCGCUGUGCCGCCGGGGCAUCCAGCGCACCCUCAAAGUCUACCUCUGA